UCUUUUUCAUCCUUUUUACGUUUCGAUUUCUCAGAUCACAACCGGCGAUGAAAGCAGCCUCCAAUCUCAGUUCCUCACUUCCUAUUUCGCCGUCACACUAUAGGACCACCGCGGUCUUCACUCCUCAUCGGCUGAUCGCUUCUCCGUCAACAGCCGUGGGCGAUGCUUUCUCGUCGUGUCGUACACAUUUGACUCGCUCUCCACAUCAUCGAUAUUCGCUCAAGCCUCUGCGAUGCAAUGUGAGCAAGGCGGUGCCGGAUCAAGAAAUGGCGUCCACCGAUGAACAAGACCCACGCAUAGCCAAAAUCGCCAAGGCCAUUCGAGUAAUCCCAGAUUUCCCUAAACCAGGGAUUUUGUUUCAGGAUAUCACAACGUUGCUUCUUGAUAUAAAGGCCUUUAGGGACACUAUUGAUUUGUUCGUGGAGAGGUACAGAGGGAAGGAUAUUUCUGUUGUUGCUGGAAUUGAGGCGAGGGGCUUCAUUUUUGGCCCUCCGAUAGCUCUGGCUAUCGGUGCAAAAUUUGUUCCCAUGAGAAAACCCAAGAAGUUGCCUGGUGAAGUCAUUUCAGAAGAAUACUCUUUAGAGUAUGGAACAGAUAAAAUUGAGAUGCACGUAGGAGCUGUUGAAGCUGGAGAACGUGCUCUUGUGAUAGAUGAUCUCAUUGCAACUGGGGGAACCUUGUGUGCAGCAAUAAGGCUACUUGAGCGAGUUGGCGUUGAGGUGGUCGAGUGUGCUUGUGUGAUCGAGCUGCAGGGACUAAAGGGACGAGAACGAUUGGGAGGCAAACCUCUAUUCGUUCUAGUUAACGCGAUGGCAUGAUCGUAGAGCCUUCUUAUGCAAUACAACGCAUUUGGUAUUGGUCGUUACAAGAUCUUACUGCUGCUAGAAGUUGAAGUUUCCAAGUACUGCAUAAUUUUGAAGUGGAGAGUAUUGCUAGAAAUAAAAGGGAUGGUAUUAAUCUGAGAGUUGAAGAGAUAAAACAAAAAGAAGAAAAAGAAAAUAUUAGCUUUUGAUUAUUCUGGUUGUUAUGUAUUUGUUGUUUGUUAAUUGUCGUGCUGUCUCCUUUCUGCCUGCCUGUUGACGAUGUUAAUUUUGAUUAUCUGCACAAACUUCUUUAUUUUGCAGUUAAUUAGUUUUUAUCAAAUAAAAAUGCCUCCUCAUGCAUCAUUACUUUUUA